UCCUUUUCCUGUCAAAAACAACUUACUAAGGAGUGGGAGUCCUUGCAUUGCUUGGAUAAGGCUCCUGCUGUUAUCUGAAAAGUCAGAUUGGUGCAAAUGCACCAUUAUUGGAUAUGGCUGCGGCAGCUGUAACUGUAAGCCCACGGGCACUUGAUCCGAGCAAUACAAAAUUCUCGUCUGCAAAAGUCCCAAACGCCGCCGUAUACUUGCUUCAAAUGUGCCAUUUUUCCCAGGAAGUUAAACAACUGCAUGCCCAACUGACAGUUUCAGGACUGAUUCAUCAUCCCCUGAAUCCGGGAAGACUCAUUGAAUCCUACGUUUCAACCUCUCACCUUUCCUAUGCCCUGUCAGUUUUCGAGUCAAUUUCUUGUCCUGAUACAUUUGCCUACAACAGCUUGAUUAGAGGCCUAACGCUUGGUCAUCAUUUCCUAGAUAAUCAAUCCCUUCGGUUGUAUCAAGACUUGUUGUCAAAUGGACUCAACCCUGAUACCUAUACAUACACUUUUGUGCUCAAAUCAUGUUCCCGAAUGAGAGCCACUUCUGAAGGGAAACAAGUACAUGCCCAGAUAAUCAAGGCCGGCAUGGAACCAACCACCCAUGUCUUAAGCUCGUUAAUUAGUAUGUACUCAAACUGCGGUCACAUGGACUCUGCAGAAAGACUUCUUGCUUCAGUUUCCAAUGGAAGUGUUCUUGUCAUGAAUGCCAUGAUCACUGGUCACCUUAACCAAGGUCAAUUUGGCAUUGCCAGAGAACUGUUCGAUAAAAUGAGCAAGAGGGAUACUGCAACUUGGAGCACGAUGAUAACUGGGUAUAGCAAGAGUAAUAUGCAUGCAGAAGCUCUAUCUACCUUUCAAGAAAUGGUGGCGAAUCGAGUUCAGUUGAACGAGGCAACGCUUGUUAGCGCAUUAUCUGCCUGUGCUCAUUUAGGAGCUUUGGAUCAGGGAAGAUGGAUACACACAUACAUUGCGAAAAAUGGUGUCAAUGUUCAGGUUAGGCUUGCUACUGCAAUGGUUGACAUGUAUGCCAAAUGUGGCUGCAUAGACCUUAGCUAUGAAGUAUUCAAGAAUAUGCCUGAGAAAGAUGUUGUUGCAUGGGGAGUUAUCAUCUCAGGAUUCGCAGCUCAUGGUGAAGCUAGGAGAUGUUUUGAACUAUUUAAUCAGAUGAUAGAAAAUGGGAUUAGCCCGAAUGAAGUUAUCUUUGUGGCAAUGCUGUCUGCUUGCUCUCAUGGAGGAUGCGUCGAGUCUGGCUUUCAUUACUUUAAUGAAAUGACACAUUUUUAUGGGAUUAGACCAUCCAUGGAACACUAUGGUUGCAUGGUUGACCUACUUGGUCGUGCCGGGAGGCUAGCAGAUGCUGAAGAACUCAUUUCUUGUAUGUCAGAAAAGCCUAACUCGGUUAUAUGGGGUGCAUUGCUAAAUGCUUGUAGAAUCUAUAAAGACCAGGAUAGAGGGGAACGUGUAUGUAGAGAGCUAGUCAAAUUGGAGCCAACCGCGGACAGGUAUAAGCAAGUUGGAGGCUUCUUUGCUACAGUGGGAGCGAAAGAAAUGGCCAGUAACUUGUGGGGUUUUAUGAGGGACAAAAACUUGGAUAUUGCAAAUGGCUUAAGCUUUGUUGAAGUAGAUGAUAUUGUUCACGAGUUUGUCGUAGGGGACAUUUGUCAUUCUCAGUCUGCUGAUAUCUUCAAGGUGUUGGAUGGAACUUGUUGAUAGCCAGGAUAGGGGGCUAAAAACAGCGAACAAAUAAACAACAAAUCAGGAGAUCGAAACGGGAUUGCAGAAUGCUUUGGUCUCGUGAUUGGGUUAUGUGUAGAGCUUUUACAGGACUGAACUAGAGAAAGCAGCAAGCUGAUUUAGAGGAAGAUCGUGUGUUUCCCGUGUCUUCAAAUUACCUCAAAACAUCGAUUUCUCCUUUUUACGACCUCAAGAUCCAGCAUGGUGUAAAGCGCUGCCGAUCAGCUUCUCAGAGAAAUCAGUAACAUAGGGAAUCCUUAUCCAUGUAAAUUGACCUCAAGGAUGUUACAAUGAAUGGUCUUGUCCCCUGCAAUUUGUAUUAUGGGGGAAAAAAU